AAGGCUCGAUAUCCACAAGUGAAUGGCGAUGAACGGGCUUCCACUCCACCACAUAUCUCGAUAGCACAAGCUCGUAUAGUGUUGCCUCGAUGGCUCCCAUUCGCAAUGCCCGCGUCCUCUUCAACUCGAUCCCUGCUCCCAACACGUACCCCGAACCCGGUAAGACGACUGUAUAUGAUGACUCGCGCACGAUCGAUCUGGAGACUGUCCCGCUCGAUGGCGGGUUCCUCGUCAAGACUCUCGUCUUCAGCAUCGAUCCGUACAUGCGUGGCAGGAUGCGCGAGCCCAGCGCCCAGGACUCUUACUCCCCUCCCUUCACUCUAGGCGAACCGCUCGCAAACUUCGCAGUCGGGCUCGUUGUCCGCUCAGAACACUCCGCCGUCAAGAUGGGCGACCAUAUCUACGGCUUCCUCCCGUUCCAGGAAUACACAGUUGUCCCCGACCCUGCUCAUAUCCGUCCCGACAUUUUUCGAAUACUCGAGGCGAAGGAGGGAGUACCGUGGAGCGCCUAUGUCGGAGUGUGCGGCAUGGCAGGCUCAACUGCACAUCACGGCUGGCACGAGUACGCCCACGCCAAGCCUGGCGAAACCGUUUUCGUGACCUCCGCAGCGGGCCCCGUCGGCGGAACGGUCGUCCAGCUGGCGAAGGCGGACGGUCUCAAGGUAAUAGCGAGCGCGGGGUCAGACGAAAAGGUCUCUUUCGUCGAGUCGCUGGGCGCGGAUGUCGUGUUCAACUACAAGAAAGAGGACACGAGGACGGUGCUGCAGCGCGAAGGCGGGAUUGACAUUUACUGGGACAACGUUGGUGGGCAUAUACUCGAGGCCGCUCUUGAUGCGGCGCACAACAAGGCACGGUUCAUUGAAUGCGGGAUGAUCAGCGCAUACAACGGAGAGCCCUAUGGGCCGAAGAACCUGACUCACAUCAUCUCGAAGGAACUCAAGAUCAACGGGUUUGUUGUCAGGAACCUGUAUCCCAAGUACCGGGACCAAUUCUACAAGGAGAUCCCGCCGAUGGUCGCCUCUGGCCAGGUCAAGUACAUGGAAGAUCGCUCGUACGGCCUCGAGUCUGUCGGCGAGGCGAUCGUGUCCGUCCAGAAGGGCACGAACAAAGGGAAGAAGGUCGUCAUCGUUACCGAGAACAAGUGAGUCCAAUUGCGGCCCCGAGGCUUGGAGCAUCUACAAGAAGAUAUACGUUCAUUGGCAAGCUCGGAAAGGAUGGGUGGAACGUCUGAGCACACAGUACCUUCCUUUACUUCGCGAUAGCAGCUUGAGCGCUGGCGCUGCAGCUGUCUCGCAGAGUUGGUUUGCGUGGCCUGGUCGCCUAGCCUUCAUGAUGCGUUCGUCGAGCAGCGUCUCCUACGUUUCUGUCAGCAUGCUUUCGGCU